GAAUCCAUUCUGGCGAUUUUGUAUACUAAAAAAAAAAGAUUGCUUCAACCAAAAGUUCCUUUGGAAUUGAAAAAAGUGGCGCAAAUUGUACACCUGGAACAGCCACCGCAGAAGACGGCGCGUCGAUCACACGCACCGUGGGCCGCGUGGAUCCAAUCCCAACCUACUCUGUUUCGCAGAUCUCAAGCGCCGAGUAUCUGGGAUGAGUAAAGUUGAGAAACUCCUUUUAUGCAAUUCACUCCACCUCCGCCGUCUCUGCUGACCUGCGCCCGGAGCCAUUUAUCUACCGCACCUAUUUCUCCAUCUCCACUUCCGACGGAGUAAAUUCCAAAGAUGCGGAUUUUUGCGCUCCUCAUUCUCUUCUAUUUCUUUUUGUCGCCGCUCAUCGCCGGUGAUUCGAUGCCCGAAACCGACGGAGUUAACGCUACUGCCCUAAACGAUACGUCAUUGCGGAAGGAAAAUACUCUUGCUGAUAUGAUUGAUCACGCAUUGGAGAAAGAGUUCAACGAGACUGAUGAGCUCACCGACGUAAAAGAUCACGGGAGCUUCAACAACAGUGUUAAUGAACAACAGGCAGUUCUGGAAACUGUUGCCAGGGUUAAGCCCAAGAAGAAUGAGACAAAAGAUGAAAAGUCAUUUCAGUUCCAUGAUGUUUUUACUCUUGAUGCUGAGAAUCAACCUGAAGAGACUCCAACCUUGAUAGAUAGCAAGGACAAUGUCUUCAUUAUGUCCAAUCGCAAGUCGAAAUUUCCUAUCUUACAAUUGGACCUAAGGUUCAUAUCUGAUCUAGUUGUUGUAAUUGUUUCUGCAACCUGUGGUGGAAUUGCCUUUGCUUGUGCUGGACAACCAGUUAUAACUGGAUAUUUACUAGCAGGAUCCCUUAUAGGACCUGGAGGUUUUAGUAUUGUCAGUGAAAUGGUUCAAGUUGAAACAGUGGCACAGUUUGGAGUUAUUUUUCUUCUUUUUGCACUGGGGCUAGAAUUCUCAGUUGUGAAGAUUCGUGUUGUGCGAGCAGUUGCUUUCUUCGGCGGGUUGCUUCAAAUACUUCUGUUUAUGUGUUUGUGUGGAAUAACAGCCUUGUUAUGUGGUGGGGAAGCAUCUGAAGGUGUCUUUGUUGGUGUGUUCCUCUCAAUGUCUUCAACGGCAGUGGUUUUGAAAUUCUUGAUGGAAAAGAAUAGUAUCAAUACGUUAUAUGGGCAGGUUACUGUUGGAACCCUUGUUCUGCAGGACUGUACUGUGGGUUUGCUAUUUGCUCUUCUCCCUAUCCUUGGUGGUACUUCUGGUGCUCUUCAAGGAAUCGUUUCCAUGACAAAACUGUUGGUGGUGUUGGUUACAUUCCUGACCAUAUUGGCAAUAUUGUCCCGCACUCUUAUACCUCGGUUACUGAAGUUGAUGAUUAGUCUAUCAUCACAGACUAAUGAACUCUACCAAUUGACAUCUGUUGCGCUCUGCUUGCUUGUUGCUUGGUGUAGCGAUAAGUUGGGUCUGAGUCUUGAGUUAGGAUCCUUUGCUGCGGGACUGAUGAUAUCAACAACUGAUCAUGCUCAUCAUACUCUGGAACAGGUGGAGCCUAUCCGGAACUUUUUUGCUGCCCUUUUUCUAGCCAGUAUUGGAAUGCUAAUUCAUGUCCAGUUUCUCUGGAAUCACAUUGAUAUAUUACUGGCAGCUGUUAUCUUGGUGAUUAUUAUCAAAACAAUUGUGUUCAGUUUGGUCGUGAGAGGAUUUGGCUACAACAACAAGACUUCCCUUCUUGUUGGGAUGUCUCUUGCACAAAUUGGAGAAUUUGCUUUUGUUCUUCUUAGUCGAGCGUCAAACCUCAAGUUGAUCGAGGGUAAACUAUACAUGCUGCUUCUUGGGACAACAGCACUCAGUCUGGUGACUACACCAUUACUGUUUAAGCUAAUACCUGCCGUAGUACAUCUUGGAGUGCUAUUAAGGUGGUUUUCUCCUGAUUCCACCUAUGAGAUUAGAGGAGAGAGUUUGCGUGCGGACAGUGCUAAGCAUAUAUCUUUGAUGGUGAUUAAGAGUGCAAAGGAGGUCGACUGACUCCACUGCCUCCUCCAGCGUCUGCCAUGCUGUUUUCUCCUGAGAUUUCUCACAUAUGGCCGGAACCUUUUUUUCCCAGUUUGUUGUUAAUGCAGCCGGUGUUCAUACAAUUUUCUGAAAGCAUGUCCAUAUAGCAAUUCGUUUAUUAUUUUAACUAGCCACACUACAUUACAACUGGAAAUUAUUAAUCAGCAGCUUGUAAAGAGGAUAUAGAGCUGUGCAUUUUGUACUAUAAUUAUUAAAUGUAUAGUUCUCUUUCUAAA